CUCUGUGCAGCCCAGCAUUCAGCCCAGCCAGAGACUCGGCAGGUGAAAGUCAUCGUGGGAAAGUUUCUCUCUUUUCCAGAGAGGGUGUUAAAGUCUGGCAAUUUACUUUAUGGAGCCCUUGGCAAUAUUGCACAGGUGUACUCUAGUAAACAAAGUAAUAUAAACCUUGAGAAGAGAUUUCAAAACCGCCUUAACUGGAACAAUGUUACUGGAUUCUUCACUUUGUCAGACCUACAAAUAGAGGAUUCUGGGGUUUAUACUGUGGAGAAUAUAAAUGAAGUUGAAGAGAAGACGACACAUACAUUUCAGCUGACUGUGUACUGUAAGAGUGUGUGUGUGUGUGUGUUUGUGUGUGUGUGUUUGUGUGUGUUUGUGUGUGUGUGUGUUUGUGUGUGUGUGUGUGUGUGUGUGUGUUUGUGUGUGUGUGUGUGUGUGUGUUUGUGCUGUAAUUUACAAAGUCAUUAAAGCGACAAUCAGCAGUAGAAACAAUAACAAAGUGUACUCCCCGCCCCUAGUUCUGUAAAAAAAAGCUGAGGGAUAGGGCUGGAGAAAUGUAACCACUCUUAAAUUCAUAGACAUAGCUAUGGAUGCAAGGACUGAUCAACCAUUAUAUACAAAUUAUAGUUGUAACCAUGUUUUGAGACUAUAUAGUGUUUGUUUACAAUUUAUUUGUUUACUAACACUGGAGUAAAACAAGCUGAUGGGUUCUCCUAAGCUCAUGAGGCAUUUAUAAGUUAUAUUCUUCAAGAAUCAAUGGGUCCAUAUCAUUAAUGUAUAAGUCCAAAAAUGGAUGAAGCAACUGCUCUUUGCCACUUUAAAGAUACGUUCCAUUUCACAAAUUCUAAUUUUUUCAUUAUGUGUCUUCCAGAUGUUCUGUCCAAACCUCAGGUGACAGUCCAUGACAACAGCUCUUGUACCGUGGUGUGUUCUGUGGAGAACGGAAGAGAUGUGACCCUGUCCUGGUACAGAGGAGGGGAGAUACUCAACCAGAGCAGCAGCCCUGACCUCAACAUCACCCUCUCUCUACCUCUCAAGGUGGAUGAACAGAACAGAGACUCUUACAGAUGUGAGGCUGCCAACCCAGUCAGCAAGGAGAGCGCUGUUGUUACACAUUUCUGUAUAGAGAGUGAUCCCUCCAAGGUGACAGGUAAAAACAUUUACAGUAGCAAUGUUAAAUUGCUUAUAUCCAGACAAUACCAAAUUGAAUAUGAAACAAUAAGUAUGGUAAAGCUCAUUUUAUGAAACACAAUGUUUUAAUAAAAAUAUUGUUUUCUCUCUUUUUACUUUAGAUGGUGAUGAGAGGACUCGAGGUUGUCUUACUAUUGCUGUAAUCUGCGUUUUGGUUGCCUCAGGACUUGUUGGACUUGCAAUCUAUCUUAAGAAGAGGAGAAACGGACAAUCACAAGCAGGUAUUCAUCUUUUAGUGGGGUUUGGUCAUUCUCCUUGUCAAAGUAAAAACAUGUUGUGCACAACCUUUUAAAAUUAUCAAGGAUAGUGUUUUGGAAAAGGAAGGAAAUGUUUGCCUGAACAACGGAUGCAGGUCAAAUGAAGUGGCAUAUCUUCCACACUUACUCUGUUUGGUCAGACAGUUACAUUAUCUCAGACCACUUCUCUAAAUGUUGAAAAAGCAGAAGGCACACACACACACACACACACACACACACACUCUGACUAUCAUUACUAUAUAGCUUCUCUGGCACCAAAAAGACAGCUAACACAGACACAGGUACCCAUUGUAACAUGAGUCCUUAGUGUUUGCAGAACCUGUCUUGGGUUGAGCAUUUGUGCAUAUCUGUCAGUUACUCCCACCCACACUGUAUAUUUCAUUUCCUUUCUUUGCCUUUAUAGAUUCACCCGAAAGAAAGCAAGAUGACAUUCACUAUGCAGAGAUAACUCUCAUUAAACCAGCAGAUAACCAGGUUAGUAAUAAUGCUACAGGCUGAUAAACAUAGGAGAUGUAAUACAGCAGUUUUGUUACAACUAUAGCCUUUAGCGCUGUGCCAGUGAGUUAAUGUGGUCUUGAGUUGCACAGACAACCUGAGUUUAAUAACCGUCCUGAUGUCAUUGCAACCAGUUUUGCCCAUAUGAAAUGGUCGUUUUGCACAAUGAGAAGCCACACUGCACAUAUUGUAUACACAGUACCAGUCAAACGUUUGGACACCUACCCAUUCAAAUGUGUUUAUUUACAUCCCUGGUAGUGAGCAUUUCUUCUUUGCAAGAUAAUCCAUCCACCUGACAAGUGUGGCAUAUUAGGAGUAUUUCUGUCUUUAAUAAAGCCCAUUUGUGGGGAAAAACUCAUUCUGAUUGUCUGGGCCUGGCUCCUGCAUGGGUGGGCCUAUGCCCUCCCAGGCCCACCCAUUGCUGCGCCCUUGCCCAGUCAUGUGAAAUCCAUAGAUUAGAGCCUAAUUAAUUAAUUUCAAUUGACUGAUGUCCUUUUAUGAACUGUAAUUCAGUAAAAUCUUUGAAAUUGUUGCAUGUUGCAUUCAUAUUUUUGUUCAGUAUAGUAAUGCCUUUGAUCUUCCUGUGUCUUUUACAGUAUUUGCCAAGUCUGUGGACAUUUAAGCUUGGCUUCGUGGUUCCUCCCACUAGAUUUAGGAAUGGUCCUAGAUGUGUUGACUGUUGAGUUGCCUACUGCAGAACAAUGAGACUAGACAAGAGAACGUCAGACAUGUCUUGUUUCCUUCCUCUGGUGCAAAGUAUCUAAUAACGAAACAUAUUAUCCUUUUUUCGUUGUUAUUUUUUGCUUUCCUAUACCUCCUCCUCUCUUUCCUUGUCCCUCUCAAUCCUUCCCUCCCCACCUCCCCCCCUCUCCCUGUCUACGAUUAGCGAACAAGUAUACAAGGACUGGAGGCGCGUCGAGACAACCCUAACCUUACAUUAGUUUAUGAUACACUCCAGUUACAUCGCAUGGCUGCCAGCGAGGAUGUUAACACUGCAUGAAGGAGCAAAACAGCAAGGUUCUGAGAGGGUGACAUGAUAAUUCACAUCCAAGAGAAGGCGUUACAUCCUAAAGAGGACGUUAAGACAAAAUUAUAGUAAAUAUUCAUCUAGAAAACUUAAUAGAGGCACAGUUGUUACUGGAGAAAAUUCCCAUUUAACCAUUAAGAUGUUGUUAUCAUUUCAGACUUCCUUUGUUGGUCAUUCUCACAGUCUUUUGUUGAAUUGGGGCUUCGAUGAGAUUCAAUGAUACAGACAAUUUCAUUAGCUAUGCCUAGGAUUAUUAGUAGGAUGAUCCUCUUUUCAAUUGCCCAUUGUCCCAAUUUAUAGGUUAAAACAAAUGGAACCUAUCUUUUAAUCAAAUUCACUAGUGCGUUUGCUAUGCUAUGCUUUUUUUCAGUAUUGUCUGUUCUGUUUAAAUGUAGGUGCCUCCCCUGUAUCUUUUUAUAGCUGGUCAUUGUUUAGCUUGCCAGUGGAUAGCAGCUGUAUACAUAAAAAGCAGAUGUUUGGUGAGAUAAAGCCACCUACUCCUUAGAGGCAAUGGCUGUUAGGCUACGAUGGAAACAAAAAGUCCAUAGGUUGAUUUUUUCCUUUCACCAUGUAGAUU